UGUAAUAACUUCCUUUCUCGGGAUGAAGGUGCUGAUUGCCUGGGGUGUUCUUAUAACUUAAGUUCAGUUUUUUCUUUACUGUGAGGAAGAGGCAAUUUUUUAAAUGAAGCCGUCUCUGGGGAAAUCGUAUUGCUUGUUGUAGCUAAAUACGGAAUUUUUAAAGUCUUUAGUAUGUUGAACUGGAAAUAUAGGACAUGCAUUUGAGAUCUACUAGCGGCUGUACCAUUUUACAUGUAAGAGAGAAGUUGGGCACUGAAAAAUCCAGUUUCUCCAUAUCCUCACCAGCAUUUGGUGUUGUCAUUAUUUUUUUAUUUUAAUCAUUCUGAUAGGUUGCAUCAUAAAUACAAAGGACUGAAGUUAUAAAAGAGAAAAAAGAAGAUUGCUGCUAAAAUGAAUCUGAGCAAUAUGGAAUAUUUUGUGCCACACACAAAAAGCAUCUGGCACAAUGUUUUUGUUUGGUUUGGUUUGGUGUUGUAAAGAGAGAGGAUCUUGCUAUAUUUGCCAGGCUGGUCUCAAACUCCUGGUCUCAAGUCAUCCUCCCCGCUUGGCUUCCCAAAGCGUUAGGAUUACAGACAUGAGACAUCACACCCCGCCCCAGCACAAUGUUGAAUGUACUGAAGAUUUACCCCCCCAAAAAAAUUGUCAAUGAGAAAUAAAGCUGACUGUGAUAACAAAAAGCAGAGCCUGCUCUACUGGCCAUCAUGCGUAAAGGGGUGCUGAAGGACCCAGAGAUUGCCGAUCUAUUCUACAAAGAUGAUCCUGAGGAACUUUUUAUUGGUUUGCAUGAAAUUGGACAUGGAAGUUUUGGAGCAGUUUAUUUUGCUACAAAUGCUCACACCAAUGAGGUGGUGGCAAUUAAGAAGAUGUCCUAUAGUGGGAAGCAGACCCAUGAGAAAUGGCAAGAUAUUCUUAAGGAAGUUAAAUUUUUACGACAAUUGAAGCAUCCUAAUACUAUUGAGUACAAAGGCUGUUACUUGAAAGAGCACACUGCUUGGUUGGUGAUGGAAUAUUGCUUAGGCUCAGCCUCUGAUUUAUUAGAAGUUCAUAAAAAACCACUUCAGGAAGUAGAGAUCGCUGCCAUUACUCAUGGAGCCUUGCAUGGACUAGCCUACCUACAUUCUCAUGCAUUGAUUCAUAGGGAUAUUAAAGCAGGAAAUAUUCUUCUAACAGAGCCAGGUCAGGUAAAACUAGCUGAUUUUGGAUCUGCCUCAAUGGCUUCUCCUGCCAACUCCUUCGUGGGCACACCUUACUGGAUGGCUCCAGAGGUGAUCUUAGCUAUGGAUGAAGGACAGUAUGAUGGGAAAGUUGAUAUUUGGUCACUUGGCAUCACUUGUAUUGAAUUGGCGGAACGGAAGCCCCCCCUUUUCAACAUGAAUGCAAUGAGUGCCUUAUAUCACAUUGCCCAGAAUGACUCCCCAACGUUACAGUCUAAUGAAUGGACAGACUCCUUUAGGAGAUUUGUUGAUUACUGCUUGCAGAAAAUACCUCAGGAAAGGCCAACAUCAGCAGAACUAUUAAGGCAUGACUUUGUUCGACGAGACCGGCCACUACGUGUCCUCAUUGACCUCAUACAGAGGACAAAAGAUGCAGUUCGUGAGCUAGAUAACCUACAGUACCGAAAAAUGAAAAAAAUACUUUUCCAAGAGACACGGAAUGGACCCUUGAAUGAGUCACAGGAAGAUGAGGAAGACAGUGAACAUGGAACCAGCCUGAACAGGGAAAUGGACAGCCUGGGCAGCAACCAUUCCAUUCCAAGCAUGUCUGUGAGCACAGGCAGCCAGAGCAGCAGUGUGAAUAGCAUGCAGGAAGUCAUGGACGAGAGCAGUUCUGAACUUGUCAUGAUGCACGAUGAUGAAAACACAAUCAAUUCCAGCUCCUCCGUCGUGCAUAAGAAGGAUCAUGUAUUCAUAAGGGAUGAGGCGGGCCACGGCGAUCCCAGGCCUGAGCCGCGGCCUACCCAGUCAGUUCAGAGCCAGGCCCUCCACUACCGGAACAGAGAGCGCUUUGCCACGAUCAAAUCAGCAUCUUUGGUUACACGACAGAUCCAUGAGCAUGAGCAGGAGAACGAGUUGCGGGAACAGAUGUCAGGUUAUAAGCGGAUGCGGCGCCAGCACCAGAAGCAGCUGAUCGCCCUGGAGAACAAGCUGAAGGCUGAGAUGGACGAGCACCGCCUCAAGCUACAGAAGGAGGUGGAGACGCAUGCCAACAACUCGUCCAUCGAGCUGGAGAAGCUGGCCAAGAAGCAAGUGGCUAUCAUAGAAAAGGAGGCAAAGGUAGCUGCAGCAGAUGAGAAGAAGUUCCAGCAACAGAUCUUGGCCCAGCAGAAGAAAGAUUUGACAACUUUCUUAGAAAGUCAGAAGAAGCAGUAUAAGAUUUGUAAGGAAAAAAUAAAAGAGGAAAUGAAUGAGGACCAUAGCACACCCAAGAAAGAGAAGCAAGAGCGGAUCUCCAAACAUAAAGAGAACUUGCAGCACACGCAGGCUGAAGAGGAAGCCCACCUUCUCACUCAACAGAGACUGUACUACGACAAAAAUUGUCGUUUCUUCAAGCGGAAAAUAAUGAUCAAGCGGCACGAGGUGGAGCAGCAGAACAUUCGGGAGGAACUAAAUAAAAAGAGGACCCAGAAGGAGAUGGAGCAUGCCAUGCUAAUCCGGCACGACGAGUCCACCCGAGAGCUAGAGUACAGGCAGCUGCACACGUUACAGAAGCUACGCAUGGAUCUGAUCCGUUUACAGCACCAGACUGAACUGGAAAACCAGCUGGAGUACAAUAAGAGGCGAGAAAGGGAACUGCACAGAAAGCAUGUCAUGGAACUUCGGCAACAGCCAAAAAACUUAAAGGCCAUGGAAAUGCAAAUUAAAAAACAGUUUCAGGACACUUGCAAAGUACAGACCAAACAGUAUAAAGCACUCAAGAAUCACCAGUUGGAAGUUACUCCAAAGAAUGAGCACAAAACAAUCUUAAAGACACUGAAAGAUGAGCAGACAAGAAAACUUGCCAUUUUGGCAGAGCAGUAUGAACAGAGUAUAAAUGAAAUGAUGGCCUCUCAAGCGUUACGGCUAGAUGAGGCUCAAGAAGCAGAAUGCCAGGCCUUGAGGCUACAGCUCCAGCAGGAAAUGGAGCUGCUCAACGCCUACCAGAGCAAAAUCAAGAUGCAAACAGAGGCACAACAUGAACGUGAGCUCCAGAAGCUAGAGCAGAGAGUGUCUCUGCGCAGAGCACAUCUUGAGCAGAAGAUUGAAGAGGAGCUGGCUGCCCUUCAGAAGGAACGCAGCGAGAGAAUAAAGAACCUAUUGGAAAGGCAAGAGCGAGAGAUUGAAACUUUUGACAUGGAGAGCCUCAGAAUGGGAUUUGGGAAUUUGGUUACAUUAGAUUUUCCUAAGGAGGACUAUAGAUGAGAUUAAAUUUUUUGCCAUUUACAAAAAAAAAAGAAAACAGAAAAAAAUUCAGACCCUGCAAAACCACAUUCCCCAUUUUAACGGGCGUUGCUCUCACUCUCUCUCUCUCUCUUACUCUUACUGACAUCGUGUCGGACUAGUGCCUGUUUAUUCUUACUCCAUCAGGGGCCCCCUUCCUCCCCCCGUGUCAACUUUCAGUGCUGGCCAAAACCUGGCCAUCUCUUCUAUUCAUAGUACACGUCACAGUAUUGAUGUGAUUCAAAAUGUUUCAGUGAAAACUUUGGAGACAGUUUUAACAAAACCAAUAAACCAACACAAAAAAAGUGGAUGUAUAUUGCUUUAAGCAAUCACUCAUUACCACCAAUCUGUGAAAGUAAAGCAAAAAAAAAAAUAAUAAAUGCCAAGGGGGAGAGAGACACAAUAUCCGCAGCCUUACACCUUAACUAGCUGCUGCAUUAUUUUAUUUUAUUUUAUUUUUUUGGUAUUUAUUCAUCAGGAAUAAAAAAAAACAAAGUUUUAUUAAAGAUUGAAAAUUUGAUACAUUUUACAGAAACUAAUUGUGAUGUACAUAUCAGUGGUGACAUAUUAUUACUUUUUUGGGGAUGGGGGGGUGGGUGGGAUGAAGAGAUCUUGUGAUUUUUAAGAACCUGCUGGCAAGAGUUUAACUUGUCUUCAGCAUAUUCUGAUUGUAUCAUAAUCAUUUUCUGCUGUUGCAGAGGAUGUGAAUACACUUAAGGAGCUCACAGAAUCCCAGUAGCACAAAUUGGGCUUUGGCAAAUCGUGUAUUUUGUGUAUAGAAGGAAUUUAAGGAGAGGUAUUACUUAUUUUCAUAUUGUAUUUUAACUGUUUCUCUGAUCAAAUUUUUUUACUUCCUCCUCCUGUUCCUCCCCACCUCCCUCCUUUUCCAAUUCAGUAUUUGGAGUUCAGCACUGUCUCUCAAUCAGAUCAUCUUGAUCUUUUUCUUUAUUUCCCUUCCCCUUCCUAAGUCCCAUUUCUUGGUCAUAAAUAUUGCAUUAUUCACACUUUCAAACUGUGUAUUUUCUUACAAUAAAAAAUGAUGAAAAAAAAAAAGGCUUUACUUCUUUUGCAUGCACUUUAAAAACAAAACGAAACAUUUUUCAGGUUCCAAGGAAGAGCAUGAUAACUGUCAGAGCUUUUAAUUAUAUUUGUAAAUAAAAGUGUUCAUCACA